CAGGUCGUCUAAUCAAAGCUUAACAUAAAGAAAAUAUUUUCUUCUUCCAAGUAAAUUUGUGUGCGACUUUGGUGAGGAUAUGGGUCAUUGCUUCUCGUUGCCUUCUUCCUCAUCAGAGAUUCAUGAGGAAAAUGAACACGGUGAUGGAAAUGCGGUGGUGUGUUAUGGAGAUGAGUUCGGUUUAGAUCACUACCGUCCGGUUCAUCGACCCGGUUCUGUCUGCUCUAUACAAGGAACCAAAGCGAUUAACCAAGAUAAUGCUAUUCUUUAUCUGGGAUAUGGAACAGAGGAAGCAGAGCUAUGUGGAGUGUUUGAUGGGCACGGAAAAAAUGGGCACAUGGUGAGCAAAAUGGUGAGGAAUAGAUUACCAUCACUUGUGUUAACACUAAAGAAGGAGCUGAACGAAGAACCUCAUGCUUGUGAAGAAGAUGAAGAUCUCAAGUGGGAGAAAGCUUGUUUUAAUGCAUUCAGACUCAUUGACAGAGAGCUUAUGCUCCAAGUCUUUAAUUGCUCUUUCAGUGGCUCUACAGCUGUUGUUGCUAUUACUCAGGGAGAUGACCUCAUGAUUGCUAACCUUGGUGAUUCAAGGGCAGUGUUGGGGACAAUGACUGAAGAUGGUGAGAUUUGCGCAGUUCAGUUAACAUCUGACCUAACACCUGAUGUCCCAAGUGAAGCAGAGAGGAUUAGGGCGUGCAGAGGUCGCGUUCACGCAAUGAAAGUAGAACCGUCCAGCCAAAGGGUGUGGUUACCUAACCAAGACAUACCAGGAUUAGCUAUGUCAAGAGCUUUUGGAGAUUUCAGACUCAAAGACUACGGCGUUAUUGCGGUUCCAGAGGUCUCUCACCACCGAAUAACUUCUAAAGACCGAUUCCUUGUACUCGCUUCAGAUGGGGUUUGGGAUAUGCUUAGCAAUGAUGAAGUUGUAUCACUAAUAUGGAAUUCCGGCAAAACCCAAGAUGCGGCCGCUAAACUGGUGGCAGAGGCGGCGGAAGCUACUUGGAAGAAGAAGCUUAAAUCUAAGAAGAUUGAUGAUAUUACAGUAAUAUGUCUUUUCUUGCAUAACAAGGAACAACCAAGUUGCACUAUGGACAUGUGAAUCAUAAGAUAUAGACUACAGUAUGAUGGUCGAGGUACAUUCAUCGCACAUGCUGCCAAGCUCAAACCUAUGGAAACUCCAAUAUAAACUCAUGAUGUAAAUGUUUCUUAAAAUGGAAACUAUUUGUGGCCGGUUCAAAUAUUCGAAGGCCUAAAGCAGAUAAGAUUUAAAUGUGUUGGUCAAAAAAAAGAUUUAAAUGUGUUAUUUUACUUUA